CUACAUAAAACUGUAUAUGAACAUGUCAUUAAUAAAUUCAACGAAUUACAACUUAAUGAUAUGAUUGAUUAUCUACAACAAAAUGUAAAUAAUAAAAUUGCCAAAAAUGAAGAAAAGAGAUCUGAAGCACCAUCAUCAUCUGAGAAUUCUGACUGUGAAUCUUUUGAUACAUCAGAUGACUCAUCAAGAGAAGAUAAUUUUUACACGAAAUUAUAUGUUGUAAAAAAGCCUCUUGUAAUAAAUGUAAGAAAAGCAACUAAAUUUGGAGUCAGUCAUACAAAACUCAUGGAAAUUUAUCCAAUGCGUGGAAAUCUUCGAGGUAUAGUUUUAAUUAUUGCAAAUAAUUUAUAUAAAGAUAAAGAAGAUCAGCGUUCUGGUGCAAAAUAUGAUGCUGAAAAUUUGAAACAACUUUUUAAGGGUAUGGGUUUUAUGGUUAUAUAUCAUGAAGAUUUAAGUGGAAAGGACAUAGAUGAGAAGGUUUAUGAAUUUUCUAAAAUGACUGAGCUUAGGAAAGCAGAUUCUGCAUUUAUUAUCAUUUCUUCCCAUGGUAAUGGCAAAAUUGGUGUACAAGAAACUGAAAUACUUGGAGUUGAUUACAAUAGCCCUGAAUACAAUAAAGUUGUUUCUACUAAAAUUAUAAAUUAUUUCACUGCCAAUAACUGCCACGACCUUAAGAACAAGCCAAAGGUUUUUAUUUUUCAAACAUGCAGAGGGGAGAAUAAACAGGUUGAAGUUUCAAGAUACAGAGCAGAUUCAGCAGUAAAUUCAUCUAAACCUAGUAUUGAUGAACAACAUUUUUCUAAUAAUUUAAGAGAUCAUCAAGAUAUGUUAAUUGUUUAUUCAACAUUACCAGGAUUCGUGUCAUUUCGAGAUCAUUUUAAUGGCAGUUGGUUUAUACAAGUUUUAUGCGAAGUUUUCAUGAAUCAUGCCUAUAAAUAUCACAUACUAGAUUUAUUUUCAAUGAUUGAUUAUCGUCUCAAAAAUAUGCGAACGUCUUCAGGUGAUUGUCAAACUCCCUCCAUAACCAUACAUGGAUUUAAGAAUUGUUUUUUAAAUCCUGGUCUUUUUCCAAAUAAUCAAAUGAAUGGGAAUACAAAAACUAAUCCGAAUAAAAGAGCUAAUAUUAUGUUUAAAUGCUGCCCUGACAAAAAAGCAAACAUUGGUGUUUGCUUCCAGUGUGAAUCAAUCUAUCAUUAUAAAUGUGCCAAACAACUUAACCACGUUCAAUUUAUAGGUAAAGUGAAAGUCAAUAGUUGUUGUUUUGCAAAUAGCCAAAACAGUAGUGAUAAGUUAGAUAAUAAAUCGUUGAGCGAGAAUGUUGAACACAAAAACAUAUUAUUUGACUUGAAAAAAGAAAACAAUCAUUUGGAAGAGCAAAUAAAAUCCCUACAGAUGCAACAUGUUCCAAUGAUCUCUAAUGAAGUAGAACUGAAAGAGACUAAGGAAUGAAAAUCCGAUUACGGAAAUUAAUCUCUUGAGACAAUUGGUUGAUGAAAUUAGUAGACCUAAUGAUUUACGUAAGGAGAAAAAUGAAAUGUUAACUAAGAAAGUGAAUAAAAGAAAUUCUUGUUUCAAACAAAAAUUAGGUAAAGUUCUAAAACGCAGAAGACAGUGACCCUUGAACACUGUUGAACCAGAGGAAAUUUAGAUUUUAAGAUAUUAUAAAAUAUACAUAUUCGUGCAAUUUUCAGAUCGCUAUUCGUAAUAUAAAUAUUACUAUAUAUAAUAUUCAUUGAAAUACACUUAAAAAUGGAAUUAUCUCGGAGUUAUCAUAUCUGAAUAUUAUAUUUUAUUUUCUAAAUAUUGCAUUUAUAUGAACAUUAUAAUUUUACAUAUUCACUGUAGAAAGUCUUUUUUUCUAGUGAAGUUAUACUUUUGUUAAAUCUGGAAAAUUAAAACAAAAUAGUUGUCUUGCUUUUUUACAACGGGAAUUGCCUUUCUUGCAACAUGAAUGUUAAUUUUAAUUUUCCAGAUUAAUUCAAUAUAUAAUGAGGAAGUGUUUUCUAUAAAUACUUGAAUGAUUCUGCAUUUAUGUAAACAUUUUAUAUCAAAUGUAAAUGACGACUUACCAUACGUCAACUAUGUCUUUAAAUAAACGAACGAAUGAUUUUUCGCUUUCGAAAAUAAAUUGUAAAUUCGAAUGUAUUAUAAUUUUGUCAAUUAUCUGAAGAUUUACAUAAGUACCAUGAAUAAAACAUGAAAUGUAUAUCAUAUGACUGUUUUAUAUAUUUUCAAAUAUUAUUAUUUAAAUGAAAUUAAAAGUAAUUUUGUGCACUUUUUCAACGACUUAUUUUGAUCAAUUCCGAUAUCAGUGAAAAAU